AUGGUGAGCCCGGCUAUGCUGAAGGGGAUGAACACGGAGGUGUAUGGCGAGGGGCAUCCGUUCGGCGAUCCUGCAUGGUAUCAGGCAUACUACACGCCCUACUACAACGACAGCCACAAGCAGUUCCGAAAGCUGAUGCGCGAGUACGUUGAUGAGCACAUCAUGAGCAACGUGCACGACUGGGACGAGAAGGGCGUCAUCCCCAAGGAGAUGUACCUGGAAGCUGGCAAGCAGGGCACACUGGCCCUAUGCAUCGGAAGGCCCUGGCCAGAGAAAUACUACGGCAAGGCCCCUUGGGGCUUCGAGCCAGACUAUUUCCAUGAGCUGAUCAUGUACGACGAGAUGUCACGGACCGGAUCAGUCGGUUUUCAGUGGGGUAUUGCAGGUGGCACCACCAUCGGACUGCCACCAGUGUACCACCACGGCAGUGAAGAGUUAAAGCAGCGCGUGGUCACUCCAUGCGUGAAGGGUGAGAAGGUCUGCUGUCUGGCCAUCACCGAGCCGACGGCGGGCAGUGACGUCGCCAACUUGAAGUGUUCUGCGAAGUUGGAGGGCGACCACUACAUCCUGAAUGGUGAAAAGAAGCUUAGCAAGCACGACUUUGAUUCAGCAUGGAAGUGGAUCACAAACGGAAUCUUUGCAGACUAUUUCACUGUGGCCUGCCGAACAGGAAAGCCGGGCGUGGGUGGAAUCAGCUUGCUGCUUGUUGAAAAAGACAUGCCCGGAGUGGAGACGCGAAAGAUGAAGUGCUCGGGUGCAUGGUCAUCUGGCACCACCUACAUAACCUUUGACGAUGAGUCUCAAGACCAAGAAGGAACAGCCAAGGUCAAGGUGCCUAAGGGCAACCUUCUCGGCAAAGAGGGCAAGGGCUUCCAAUACAUGAUGCAGAACUUCAACCACGAGCGUUUCGCCUUCUGCGCCAUGAGCACGCGCUUCGCCCGAGUUUGCUUGGAAGACUCCCUGAAGUUUGCCGGCAAGCGCAAGACCUUCGGCAAGACCCUGAUACAGCACCCAGUGAUUCGCUGGAAGGUGGCAGAAAUGGCCCGCAUGAUUGAAGCAACCCACAACUGGUUGGAAUGGAUUACGUUCCAGCUCAACACCAUGCCCAAAAUAGAAGCGAUGCUGAAGCUGGGCGGACACACGGCUCUCUGCAAGGUCCAGUGCACCAAGGUCAUGGAGUACUGUGCUCGAGAGGCCGCCCAGAUCUUUGGAGGCUUGUCCUAUUCGCGCGGAGGUCAGGGAGAGAAGGUCGAGCGACUGAACCGCGAAGUGCGAGCGAUGGCCAUCCCUGGAGGCUCUGAGGAGAUCAUGCUGGACUUGGGUGUGAAGCAAUCGACGAAGCUGGCUCAGAUGGCGAAGAUGUUCGCAGAGGUUUCUGCAGACGCUUUUGAGAUCAGCAGGCGCAACAGGCAGUCCUUCCAGACGCAGCCUGUGGAGCCCCAAAGGUCUCGGAGCAACAGCGGCUACUGGUCGGCUGACACCUGGGAUCCAGACCUGCGUGUUUAUACAGGGGCCGACAUCUUCCACACACACCAGUUUGCGGUCGAGCCAGAUCAACAGAAGGCUGUUCAACACGAGCCAGCUCAACCACGUCUCAGGGAACGCCAAGAUUCAGCUGGGUACUGGGGCGCGCUGGAGAGUGAUGCGACCAGAGAGGUGCACAUCGGCAGCCUGCAUGCAGACAAAGAGACAGCUCGCCGAGCUGUGAGGGUCUCCUUUGACGAGGGUGCCGCAGAGAGCGUGCCUGGCAAGUCGGAAGGCUCUGACCAGAACGGCUUGGUAAGAAAAAACAGCGAUUACUGGAACUCGUCCAACUGGGAUCGUAACGUCCCAUUGAGGGCCCAGGAAAUCACAACUCCCACCACCGAAGCUUCCAGCACCCUUUCUAGGAAAGGAAGCAAUGCUUACUGGGAUGCAGACCAGUGGGAUCCGGAUCAACGGGUUUAUGUGGGAGCCGAAACAGGCCAGACCAUGCACCGUACGGCCGUCAUUGACGACCAUGAGGACAAGCUGCUUCGUGCAUGGGCUGGGGGCCUGACUUGUGAGGACUAUGGGGGAAGCGCGGCACCAACCCUGGACUUAGCCACUGGCACAGAACCCCCCGCACUCAAAGACUUGUACGAUGUCACGGCAGACUCGGUGGGAUCUGGAAGUUUUGGAGUUGUUUUCCUUGCUCGGCACUGCAAGUCGGACAAGCCCUGCGUAGUCAAAAGCACGAAGAAGGCCCAGUGCGGCUCCUCCUUCAAAUCACAGGUGGAAGGUGGACUUUACGAGUCUCUUUUGGAUAUGUCAAGAAGAGCCCCGCACGAGAACAUCGUCCAGUACCUCGAUGCCCUAGAAAGCAGUGACCAUUACUACGUUAUCAUGGAGAACCUUCGGGGUCCAGAGCUUUUGGAGAAAAUGGAGCGCGAGUUCCCCAUCACCGAAAGACACUGUCAGGAGGUCAUGAAGGAGGUAUUGUCGGCGCUGGCACACAUCCACGACGUGGUAAAGAUCUGUCAUCGGGACAUCAAGCUUGACAACUUCCGAUACCGAAGUCCUGAACCCGGUGCGCCAUUGGUGCUGCUGGACUUCGGCUUCCUUGCUCGCUUGGAUCAGCCCUGGGACGGCAAGAAAUGUGGCACACGCAUGUUCAUGGCUCCGGAGAUAUUCCAAGAAAGCGUCCAACAGUCGCAGAUGCCGGCGAUGGACAUGUGGGCAGCAGGAGUGCUGCUGUACCUCCUCUUCACUGGGGACUGCCCGGUCCAGCAGGAGGACAUGCCAAAGCUGAAACGAAAAGAGCCAGAGAGCCAAGACAUCGUGCUCAAGGCCCUGCAAGCUGACUUGUUGAAGUCGGUCUCUGCAGAGGCGAGACAACUUCUGGAGAAGCUGCUGGAUUUGGAGGCAUCGGAGCGUCUCCGUUCAGCCGACGCAUUGAAGCACCAAUGGCUGUGCAUGGAUCUGGAUGGCGGGGCUCGAGCUGUGCCAGCUCACAGGGAAGCUUACAGGCGCAUGGCCAGCAAGAGCAUGAAGGAGGCGGACAUCGAUUCUUGA